AUGCACUGGGCGAUCCUUCUUUUUAUUGCCGCUGCCGCCGCUCAAUCGGCUUUUGCGCCUUUGAACAAGACGGCCGAUGUUGUGAACCAAACCCAAGGUGUUUCCAUUGCUUCUCAGUCCGUAGAAGCACAUUUUGUCCUCGGAACCCUGAUGUUAGUCAUUCCUCCUGUGAUAAAGGGCAUUGAUGGGCAAAAUGUCACGAGACCAUAUUUCAAUGAAUCGGACCUCUACUACUUCUAUUCUACAACAGACCAUCCGAUUUUUGGCAAAGACAAAGUUGUGGUGAACGGAUUUGAGCUUCACAAUUUCACUUUCAAAGAUCACGACGUCUACUAUGACACUUCUGACGUUGUGUAUGUUGGACUUACUUUAGAUGUUGUUGACGGAGUUUCCGUUCUUGAGUCUUUGCAGAGCUCGAGUUACAUUGCCUCGAAGUCUUUCUCUCUUUUUCCUAAGAGCCAUGUGCCACAUAAUGGACCUGAAGUCUUAUUUGGUGCUGUCGACCACGGCAAAUACGAGGCACCUUUGGUGAAAUUCAAACAUCUUCCCGAUUACAGUGAAUCUGAUGAUGGUACCUUCUAUCCGACUCUUAUAAUGGAUGGCGUUGCAGGCUACAAUUUCCUGCUUUCAAGCCAGCUCCCUGUGCAAAUUUCAGAGGAUUUUUGGAGCUUUCCACCUGACUAUAGUGCCGUUUUCGAAAACUACUUCAAGUCCAGGUAUGGCUUCAACAUUACUUCUGACGAGGUUCCAUGUCUGAUUAUGAAUCUGACUGAGUACGUGUCCUUCUAUUUCAGUGGAGUCGAGUACCGUAUCUUGGAGUCAGAUCUUUUUGCGACUCAAGAAUUGGAAGGUGCAACACUGUGUUUUUUCCCGGGUACUUGGGUCGGCAAUUACGACCUGUUCAUAAUCGCAAGAUCUAUGUUCAAACACCAUUACCUUGUAGUGGACUAUGACAAUGAAGAAAUCGCCAUUGCCCCUACUGCAACAAAGUCCAACCCUGAAACCAUAGAGCAGAUUGUCACAGGAAUUCCUCUGGCCAUUCCAGCCAAGUACUACAAUGCAUCAAUUCCAAAAUUUGGCCUGACAGUGGAUCCACAAUCAGUCCAUCCAACAUAUUCUAUGUACACAGGCAAACAUAUGGGCUUAAGUGCCACUGAGUCCUUUUAUAUGACUCACACGAGCUCUUCUUUGGACUCCAUCACAUCAGCAACGGAAACCAAAUCUGGCGCUAAGUCAAGUUCAUCUAAGGCAGGUGGAAAUCUGCAAAAUACCGGCAGUUUUCUUGUUUUUAUUGCUGGUGCGCUUGGAGCUUUGAUGAUGUUUUGA